AUGUUCAGUUCACGUGGUCUUUUCAAAGACAUCCCUUGUCCAGGCGAGCACAAUUGCACCCUACCCAAUUGUCUCUUCAAUCAUGCUCAGCCUCCAGAACAUGAAUCUGCUUCUGUUCAAGGUCAGGUGUACGAUCCUGAAGCCAUCGUGCCUGCCAUAUCACCACCUCCUGCCAAACGCAGAAGGCUAGAAUCGCCCACUUCCCUUGAUGGUAAUGAGUUACAAGCUAGACAACCAAGAUUGUCGGACAGUUCUGCGGCUAAAGCGGCUCCAAACAGUGUACAUCAACAUGAAUCUUCACCUCAGCUACAGCCAUCGAAACGUAGACUCGAUGCCGAGGUCAACGGCAUUGCAGAACCUGCAAACAAGAAGCGUCUAGUCUCGCCUUCAAUAUCAAGUCAAAAUUCGCGGCCAAACACCACAACGGAUCCCACGACCAAACGACCUGUUUCAAUCACUCGGGCUGUGUCACCUCCACUGGUUGGACGCUUACAAAAGACGUCGCUCCAACCCUCAAGUACUAAACCAACAAAGCUGAAGCUGAAAGUACUAGAAAUCAAGGACGAACCGCUCAACCCUCGUAAGAUAGAGCGCAACCCCGUACAGUAUUCUGAUCGCCAGAAGAAGCUCGCUGCCUUCUACGCUCAACUAGAGAAGAGGCAACAGACUCUUCGUGAAGAAUUGCAGCAGGAUCCAAGUCUACUUCUUAGUGCAAAAGAGCUCAAAAAGAUUGCUCUAGAUGAGGAAGAGAAAAUUGCUAAUGCUGCCGCGAACGUUGCCUCUUACAACAACCAGCUAAGAGAUCGACUAGUCUACCAUAUCAAGAUGGCUGUAGACGUUUACAAAAGCUGUGUCCCUGAGUUUCGUAUGACAGGCAUAUUCCACUCCCCACAGGCGACAUCAGUACAGGCUCCUCCAGCGGUCGAUACUGGUCUCGAUUCAACUCACAAGCAGGUUGCGGUUUUGAAACACCUUCGAACAGGCCUUCAUCAGCACGCCAAGCACGGCUACGUGAUCAAGCUGCCGGAAGAUAAAGACAUCGGAAAGGCACUAGCAGCCGAGAAGACAAUGAGAGGCUGGGAGAUCUGCGACCGUUGUUCGAGACGAUUUCAAGUGUUUCGUGGCCGUAAUGCGGAGGGUGAGCUUGCAGGUCAAGGGAAUUGCAAUUACCAUUGGGGUAGACUCAUGCCGGCUUCAAGCAGUGGAGCGAGACAAUACAGCUGUUGCAAGAACCCGUCCGACUCAGACCCCUGUACCACCGCUCAGCAUCACGUCUUCAAGGUGUCCGACCCAGCCAGACUGGCAGCUCUCCUCCAAUUCAAACAGACACCCUCUCACAACGACGGCAAACAUCGUCCUCCAGUCGUCUUCGACUGUGAGAUGUGCUACACCACAUGCGGCUUCGAGCUCAUACGACUAACUGCACUGCAAUGGCCAGAAAAGAAAGUACUCCUCGACUUCUUAGUCCGAACCAUUGGCGAAGUAAUCGACCUCAACACUCGCUUCAGCGGCGUAUCUGAAAAGAUGUACUCAACAGCACCAAGCUACCCCCAACACUCUCGCAAUCUAUUCCCAUCUUCCGGAGAACCACUACAAAAAGUCGCGUCACCAGCCGCCGCACGCGAAUACCUAUUCGACCUCCUCGACCCCGAGACUCCACUAAUCGGCCACGCGAUCGAAAACGACCUAAACGCCUGCCGAGUUAUACACCCCUUCGUCAUUGAUACCGUCCUCCUCUUCCCGCAUCGAAGACCACUACCUGUACGGAAGGCCCUGAGAGAUCUGGCGCGUGAACAUCUCGGUCGGAUAAUACAGGCUGGUGGAGCGGAAGGGCACGACUCGAAAGAAGACAGUGAGGCGACGGGUGAUCUUGUUUUGGUCAAGGUCAAAGAGAAGUGGACUGAAUAUCAGAUGCAGGGAUGGUACUGGCGGGAUGAAGACGAUGCUCUAAUGCCGCCUCAGGCCAAGUCAAAGAAUGCUGCUUCAUCCACACCGUCGAAGUCGAGUAAUCUCUGA